GAGAGAUAAGCUGGGUUUAAAUAUUUAGGGUGUUAGUCGUUUUUCUUUAUAGUUAUUAUAAUUGUUAGGUAAAUAUGGACACAACGCCUCCAGGGUUGCGGCCACACUGCAGUACUGUGGCCAGCUCGAUGAACUUCGACGGUAGUAGUACCUCCCUCUGCAGAGAUAUCGUUGACAAUCUCAAUGCUGCCCUCACGGCUUUGAAAGCGGAUUUUCAGCAGCUUGCAAACAUUCACCGUGUGGAAGCGUUGGAUUCGCCAAAUGCACAUAGGAAAGGUGAUAACGGUGAUAUCCCUGUCGAAAGCAAAGGGGAAAUUAAGGAGAAGGAACCCCAGUCAACGUCCACUUCGUCGGCGAGUAUUUCGAUCUUCCCCUCCCCGUCGCUGCAGCAAUUCCUAAGCACGUUACAGCAAGAGCGGCUGUUCAAGACCAUUCAGGCGAAGAAACUUGCCGAGGAGCAUCCACUGCGCUGGGAAAAGGUUCAGUCUGUUAAAGCUUUACUGGACGAGCUCCGCAACCGAACAGGGUUAGACCUUCUCUCAGAUGAAUUAGAUCGCAUCACUCCAAAUGGUGAGCUAGAAAGUGAUGGGGAUCCCGAAGCACCGUUGUUAGACCUCGGUGACGACAAUGCGAGCGUGAAGACGGCAACUUCGCGAGAAUGGAAUAAGGAAGGCGAAUGUGAAAGUGGUGAUCACAGGCUAAAAAAAAUACAGCAAUUGGCUUCCGCCUUUAGAUUUCAGGUUCAACACGCGGGGACGCUUGAGCAGGAAACGCGAAAAUUAGAAGCACUGAUUCGCAAGCUGCGAAACUUCUUCAACGACGAUGAUGACGUACUGGCAGCCUCGAGCCAUGAAAAGGCGAAUCUCGUGCGGCUCCUAGAGGCGUGGCCUACCCAUAGCGUAAGCUGUGCGGCGGAAGAGGAGGCGUGGCGGCGAUGGGCGGUGGACGCCCCUGGCGACACCCAAACGAAGCACGAAAACGCCGAUAAAGGCGUUAAGAACCUACGCGAUGCACUCCGAUUUGCGCACUCCAACCGCUCCCGCUUCGAGGGACUCAUGCGCCGCUGGAGAGGAAUUCGGUCUCGCUACGAAGCGACGGUGCAACAUGCGAAUAGGAGCAUCUGUUACAUCACCCUCCGGCUGGAUGAGAUUGAGGAGAAACUGGAGAAGGAAAAAAACUGGUAG